ACAUUAUUCCGUGUAUAAGGCACGCAAAGCAACGUAUCGUUUAUUUGGUGAAUCUCUUUAUUGAGUUUAAUGACAGCUAAACAUAUCACAAUUCAUUCGAUAUAAACAAAUAGACGUAACAUUUCUACCAUUUUUUCUCAUUAUUUGUGUUGUUGUUUGCGAGAAAUUUAAGUGCCUGAAAAAUUAACUAAAAAAAAGAAAAAAAUUGUCUACGUAUUAAUUGCGCAAAUAAAAUCCAAAUAGAAAAAUGUCUGUAAAUGUUGAUAUGCCAGAUGUGAGCGGAAACAUGUCCGAAGCACCACAACCACAAAAAUUUCGCUUUUCCACAUUGACAACAAAGAUACCACGUUUCAAUGAAGUCUGGACAUUUGUACGGCAAAACAUGCGACCAUGGUCGGAAUUCUUCAAUUUCAACAAUUUCAAAACAGUGGCCAAUUUCCAACGUUUGUCGAGUCGUUUCUUACGAAAUUGCAACUAUUUCCUGAUCAACUAUUUAGUCGUUAGCUUUGUACUGGUUUUAUACUGUUUAAUUACGUCACCAUUGAUUUUGCUCGUUAUUAUCGGGCUGAUGUAUGCCAGCUAUCGCAUUCGACAAAUUGAGGGGCCAGUUCUUCUUUUCGGAAAACUCUUUUCUAUCAAUCAAUUGUGCAUCGCGUUGAAUAUUGCCGGAAUACCAAUUUUGUACUUGUUCGGCGCUGGAAAUAUUAUGUUCUGGGUCGUCGGUGCCUCUACAUUGGUUGUUGCUUUGCAUGCAACAUUCUAUAACAUUGAUGCAGUCGUAACCGAAGAACUUGACGCAUUCCUAGCUGAUUCGGAAACCGUUUAAGUAUCGUCGAAUUUUUUUAAUUUAUUGGUGCUAAAUUAUACCACCCCCUUCUUUUAUUGAUAUUGUUAUUAUCAGUUCUGCUUGAUAAACACAUAAUUUCAUAUGAUUCAAAUCAAGGAAAUUCGGUUGAACACCAUUGAUUGUUUACAAACCUCUAUAGUUUUAGUCAUUUUUUGGAGGCAUUCUUAUGAUUUAAUUUUCAAUCUAAAUUGAAUAGUUAUAAAAUGAA